CUUCAAGAGCUUCUUUCACUUGAAUUCAGUUCUGAGCACAUCUUACAACAGCAACAUCCCUCUUUCGGGUUUGGUGUAUUUGGCUGUUCUGUUACCGCAAGAAUACCGCCAUUUCAUCUACAUAUAACCUUACAACACGGUAUCGGCCCAACAUAUCAGCAUCUUUACAUCCGACAGCUCUUCCAAGGCGCCUCACUUAUUCGAAGAACCCUGGUCAUCCAGGUGCUCGUAACCCCAACAACGCCAUUAUUCAAUAUAGUUUUUCCAACUUCAAAAAUAUCGAAAGACAGCAGAGCGUAAACUCGUCGCCCGCACAUCAUCAUGGCGACGCCUGCCGCUCCCGAGGGCGCUGUGGCAGCCGACCAUCGCCCUGCCCUCACGGUCGAGGAGCUCUGCUUUGCCUCUGCCAUGAGCUGCUUUGAGGGGUGGCUCAAGAUGGACCCUGCUAUCGGCCCCCGUACCAUGUCCUACGUGACCAAGUUCAUUUCCAGGACUCUGGAAAAGACACACAACUUGAAAGAAGUCCGAGAAACGCUGUCAAGGAGUGUGGAAGUAUGGGUGUGGCUCACAAAGUCCUUCGCCGCCGCGCUUCCUAGUUUGACAACGCGGUCGAUUGGUCCUCUGCAGAGCCUCAAUGACCCCGAAAAGGGCGUUACCCCCCAGGAGAGCACCGCUCUGAUCACAAAAAACUACACGUCACUCAAAGAGGACUUGCAGUUGUUGAUCAAGUUGAUGCACAUUGCAAGGAACCUGCUGGUCGUCCCCGAACCAGAGAUUCCCCAGGAUCUGUGCGCUGCUGCCCAGUUCGACAAGAUGCUCUACCAGACAAUCACCCUCUGUGUGAACGUCACCAGUAAGGCCUACGAUGGCGAUAUCCUGGAGGAGACUGCUCGCCACAAGCUCAGCGAGAUUACGGAAUUGUAUAAGAAACUCCUCAUCACUUGUCUGCAGCAAGCCCACAACUGGAUCGCCAAGAAUGACCGGAACAAGAUGUCAUUUUGGUGUGCCGUUUUGUUCGACGACGAGUCUGGCGAGGAGCAGCAGGAUGCCGGUGCCCAGUUUGCCGACUUCCGCCCCGAUGUCGCCAAGAUGGAGGUUCAGAACUGGGUCGAGCGCAACUCUAGGAUGUGCGACAAGGCUCGGCAAUUACUGGUUGAUUACCAACAGAACUUGGGGUCUCGCGGAUCCCCCCCUGGAAGUCUACCCGAAAAUUCUGUCUUGUCGUGGAACUGGAUGCCACAUGUUCGUCCGCGAGCCGACGAUAUCGGUGAAGAGACCAAGAUCACGCCACAGUGGAAGGAGGACGAACAAGACAAGUUUGAGCAAGACAGGCUUUACGGCCGCGUAUCAAGAGAAGUCGACACCUGGUGGCUCAAGGUGCGGGAUCCAAACUACGACGAAUGGAUCAUCUCCAUGCCUUCGGUCGAGAAGGCGCACCAGCUUAUUGAGGGCUGCAAGCUUAGCUCGCUAAACCGUUAUCCUCAUUCGUAUCGCAACGAUGAUCAAGAGGGGUCAGUCCAUUCUGCCGAGAAUGUCCAGAUGCCUGAGCACCAGGGUCCAGAGGGAGAAGUCCGAGAUGACCGUCACUACAACCUACCGGACUAUAACGACGACAUGAUUGAGGACGAGGAUGUUGACGAUGACGAAUCGUAUGGCGAGGGUCCCAUGAGCGGCUUGCUCACUGAGGUUCCCAACAUCCUUGAUCCGAAGCAGAUCGAGGCACUUCACAUGAUUGUCAAGUCCUGCAUUCUCGACAGUGCAGGAAUAUCACUCAGCAGGGCCGGCGAGAACUUGCAGAAGACGAGGUGCAGAAUGUUCCUGUCUCUCGAGUGCGGCAGGAGUCUAUUGCGUGAGAUCUUGGUUUUCAUCGCCGUGUGGGAGAAGAGUGAGCAGUCUCUCAUUUUCCAGCUUACCACUCAGAUUGUCGAAGCCAUUCACCACAGUGCUUUGAUCCCCUUUGCGUGGCAGUCGUUGCGUAUUCCUAAGGACAUUAUCUCGCCUGCCCAGACCGUCUUGCUUCGUCUGGUGAACAACAUGUUCCGGACGCGUCUUCAGGACCCGAUACAGCCCGGGUCUAAGGGGCAUCUGCGGGACAUCAAGCUCCUCCAGUUUCUCUACAUCCAGUUCCGCACUCGCAUAGUUCCCGAGUGUGCCGCUCUCAUGCACCUUCAGGCCCAGAUUCGCAAUGAGGUGUGCGAUCCUGCCGACUUCCCUGUUGACAGCUGGGAUAUGGAAAGGGCCAAGGACGGUCUCCAGCAAUUCCUUGAUUUGCUUAUGACGGUCAAUGAGCCAAUUGAGUGGAGGACCUGUCUGAUUCAAUGGGAGGCCGUGUUCGAUCUUCUCGUCCUCCUCAAGAGUCUUGAGUCUGCCGUGCCGAAGAAACCCAUGGUUGACCUCCCUGACCGGUCCGCUCACCGGCGCCCCCCUCCGCCUCACGACGAUGACCGGGACCAUGACUACGACAGCGCCGAUCCGCCUCCGCCCCCCCCUCCUCCCCCCAUCCAGGAACAUGCUCACAAGUUCCCAUGGGCUGGCAUCAAGGGCCAAAUCCUUCACAUCAUUGCUGGACUCCUGCAGCCGGAAGCUGGACGCGCCGGCCCCGGCAACCCCGUGGUGCAGAAGCAGAUUAUCCAACACAAUGGUAUCAUAAGCCUACUCAACUGCUGCGUUUACGACGACCAUAACAGGUUCGCGCGCGAACGCGUGCAGAUCUGCCUCAAGUGGCUCAUGGACGGCUCCGCGGAGGCCAACAAGGUUUUGCACGACCUCGUAGCCGUCUCGCCACCGCCCAACCUCCAACCCGCACCCGACGCCAGCGGACUCACUCAGCCUGUCCCUCUCCGCGUCGACGGUAUCGCCGGCGAGGUCAAGGUCCGUGUCAAGUCUAACAACCCUCAUUCUGCCUCCUCCUCUUCUUCUUCCUCUUCUGCCCAACAACAACAACAACACCACCCGUCGGCGGCGUAUCAACAAUAUCCCCCCCGCCCGUCCAGCGCCGCUAGCAACGACAGCGGAACAACCACCAACUCCAACACCAGCACCUCCAGCAGCACUCACGACCACGACCAUGUUUCAUCACAAGCAGCUCCCAGCGCCAGCAACCACAACGCCCACCAACCCCCCCGCGUCCACGGCCCCGCCCCCCCUCCCCCACCCCCUCCUCCCGCACUCACCCUCCCCUCGCUCGCCUCCCCCCUCAUGUCCGUCUCCCCCUCGGACUACGAGCGCUUCACCAAGGCGUACAUGAACGCCCUGCCGCCGCUGCACAGCGCCGCCACCGGUGUUCCCGGUGUCGGACAUCUGAAUCACCCGAUGAUGCAGGCUGUUAGGAACCAUGGCGGUAGACCAGAGGAUCUGUUCAAGGAUAUUCUGACGCUGGCGGAUGAGGCGGCGAGGUUGGCGAUUGGUCAGCCGCCGUUUGUGUCGCCGAGUGGGUCGGGAAUUGGAAGCGGAAGCGGAAGCGGAAGUGGAAGUGGAAGUGGGUCGAGACAGAGGGAUGCGGAGGAGACGGAGGAGGAGGAUUUUAUGUGA